AUGGCGUCGCCGUCGUCAACCACCACCACUAACAUCAUGCUGGCGAUCUUCGAGAAGAAGACAAACUCCCUAGACCUCUACCGCCCGCUCCGCAACUUCAUUGUGAUAAAUUAUUCUGAGCGCGAGGCGCAGAAUUUGGAGGACGAUCUAGAGACUCUGAAGCAGCUCCGCUUUGACGUCGAGCGCGGUGGCGCCUCGGAUUCUCCGUCGGCUCGACGUGACCUCCUGCAGAAUUACUAUAAAGCCCUUUGUGCGGUGGAGUCCAGGUUUCCAAUUUCGCCGGACGCGGAUCAUGUCAAUACGGUGUCGUUCACUUGGUUUGACGCUUUUAAGACUAAGCAGAAGGCUUCUCAACAGAACAUACAUCUAGAAAAAGCUGCGGUAUUGUUUAAUUUGGGGGCAGUGCACAGUCAAAUGGGACUAAGUUUCGACCGAUCUGCGGUGGAAGGAAGGAGACAGGCAUCACAUUCUUUUAUAGCAGCAGCUGGCGCAUUUGCAUUUUUGAGGGAUAAUGUGGCAAUGAAGGCAUCAGUAGGAAGUUCAACCACGCUGGAUGUGUCUGUGGAGUGUGUGGGAAUGUUAGAGAGGUUGAUGUUAGCUCAGGCUCAAGAAUGCGUAUAUGAGAAUACCAUAGCCAAGGGAAGUAGUCCUGGAGUCUGUGCAAAGAUUUCAAGACAGGUUGGGUUAUUCUAUGAGGAAGCUUUGGCAGCAUUGAGUGUUGCCCCUUUAAACCAGCACUUCGAUAAAGCGUGGAUUGCUCAUGUUCAGCUGAAGGCAGCUUUGUUUUAUGCUGAGGCUUGCUAUAGAUAUAGUUUAGAGCUACAUGAUAAAGAAGAGAUUGCAGAGGAAAUUGCGCGAUUGAAAAGUGGGGUUAAUGCUCUGUCUGAGGCCAAAAAGUCAUCUCCCAGAGGGGCAGCUCAACAGCUCUUGGAUGCAAUAAACAAAUUAGAAACUAGUUCAAAUCGUAACCUGGAGAGGGCUGUGAAAGAGAACGACAGAGUGUACCUAAUGAGGGUUCCUCCUGCCAGUUCUUUAGCACCACUUCCCACUUUUUCCAUGGUUAAGCCUCUGCCAAUGAAUGAGGUGUUGGAUGCUAGCAAGGAGAAAAUGUUUGCUACACUUGUUCCUGAUAGUAGUGCAAAAGCCCUUUCUAGGUACACUGAAAUGCUUGAUGACAUCAUUAGGACCCAGGCUGAGAAAUUGCAGCAGGGAAGUGAACUUGCUCGAGUGAGACUGAAGGAAAUGGAUUUGCCUGAUUCAAUUCUUGCUUUGGAAGGAAAUCUUACUCUGCCAACAGCUUUAAAAGAAGAUGUGGAGGCAGUACAAAUUUGUGGGGGCCCUGCUGGUUUGGAAGGUGAGCUUCAGCAACUAAAAGACUUAAGGAGGGUAAACCAUGAGCUCUUGGUACAGAUAGAGGAGCAGUUGCAGAAAGAGGCAAUGGAGGAUUCACAGUUUAGAAACCAAUUUGGAACUCGGUGGACGAGACCACAAUCUAGUACCUUAACAAAGAACUUGCAGGACAGGUUGAAUAGGUUUGCAGGGAAUUUGAAGCAAGCUGCAGAAAGUGAUGCUCGAAUAGAGAGAUCUGUGAGAGAACAUUCUGCACUUAUGUCAAUCCUUGACCGCCGGCCAAUUGAAUCAGCGCUGCCAACUCUGGCUAAGCCAAUGAUGUCUCUGGAUGCCAAUGAAGAUGCUGUAGUUGGAGCAUUGAAACAGAGCUUGAGGCAACUGGAGACUCUUGGUGCUCAGAGAGCAGGUCUUGAAGACAUGCUGAAAGAGAUGAAGAGGAAGGAUGAUAUACUUCCCAAGUUAAUGACCUCAACUGGCUCCCACGAGGAUCUUUUCAGGAAGGAGAUAUCAAAGUAUGAUAGCAUUUGCGAAGAAAUCGCUCAAAACCUCGAAGCUCAAGAACAGCUAUUACUGCACAUUCAGGCCCAAAAUGAUCAGUUUGCUGCUAUAUUUAACCUUGAAGAUUAUAAAGCAUCUCGUGAAAAGGGCUGUAGACAGAUUGAAGCUGCUAUAGCUAAAUUCCGUGAAAUUAAGGAGAACAUCAAUGAAGGACUGAAGUUCUAUGUUACCCUUCAGGAUGCUAUUACAAUUGUAAAGCAACAAUGCAGUGAUUUUGUGAUGACUAGAAGUAUCCAGUGCCGCGAUAUGAUUGAUGAUGUUCAGAGGCAAAUAUCAGGUCUUAGUUUCCAGGAUGGCAAAAGCACUACUAGUGGCCACUCUUUUCCUUCUGCUGGCCCUCCUUAUCACUCUCAAAGAUCCAACUCUCAACAGCAACUGGAUGUUGGGAACAUGCCCAACUCAUCUCAUCCACAACCCCCAGCUUACCAGCCACCUCAGCAGCCAAUAGCAUCUGGAUAUGCUCAAACUCCUUAUGGGAGCCAGCAACAGCCACCGCCUCCCUAUCAUGCACCUGUUUCAGGCCCAUAUCCAUCUCCCCAACACCAGCCACCUGCAGUUAGCCAUGAAUACGGGCAACCUGCAUAUCCUGGUUGGCGGGGCCCAUACUAUAAUGCACCUGCUCAGCAACCUGGAUCAAUGCCGCGCCCGCCUUACACAGUUCCAUCUCCAUAUCCACCUCACAAUCAGAGUGGCUACUACAGACAAUGAUAAUUUUUUCGUUAAAAUUUGUAUGUAGUUUCAUUUGUUAACUCUUCACUUUUCGCUUGUUUCGAUAGAAUGGAUCUGGUGCCGUUAAAGUCUAGACCUAGGUUGUAGUACUGUAAUGUAAGUGAGCUGCAUCUUCUGUCCAGCGGCCGGUAUGUACACAGUGCUAUCCUCCAUUAAUUUUGGCGUCUGCAUAGUAUAUUAUUUAAAGAAUAUUCAGAAAUGGCUGCUGAUAUUGUUGCAAUAUGGCUGUGUAAAAUGAACUUCGUAAGACUUUCCUGUGGGAUCAUUGUUCAGAUAAAGACAGUUCAUGGAUUCUGCA